GCCACUGAUUUUGAUCUACGGAAGUCAUGUUACCCAAUACAGGGAAGCUAGCAGGAUGUACACUUUUUAUCACAGGUGCAAGCCGUGGUAUUGGCAACGCUAUUGCAUUGAUAGCAGCAAAGGAUGGAGCAAAUGUUGUCAUUGCUGCAAAGACCAGUCAAGCACAUCCCAAACUUCCAGGCACUAUCUAUACUGCUGCUGAAGAAAUCGAAGCUGCUGGAGGAAAGGACUUACCAUGUAUUGUUGAUGUGAGAGAUGAACUGCAAAUCAGUAAUGCAGUGGAGAAAGCAGUUGAGAAAUUUGGAGGAAUUGAUAUCUUGGUGAAUAAUGCCAGUGAUAUCAGCUUGACCAACACAUUGGACACACCUACGAAGAAGGUGGAUUUGAUGAUGAACGUUAACACCAGAGGCACCUACCUUACAUCUAAAGCAUGUAUUCCUCAUUAAAAGAGUAAAAUUGCUCAUAUUCUCAAUCUCAGCCCACCACUGAACCUAAAUCCAUUGUGGUUCAAACAGCACUGUUUUUAUACCAUUGCUAGGUAUGGUAUGUCUAUGUGUGUGCUUGGAAUUGCAGAAGAAUUUAAAGGUGAAAUUGCAGUCAAUGCGUUAUGGCCUAAAACAGCCAUACACACUGCUGCUAUGGAUAUGCUGGGAGGAUCAGGUAUUGAAAACCAAUGUAGAAAAGUUGACAUCAUUGCAGAUGCUGCGUAUUCCAUUUUCAAAAAGCCUAAAACUUUUACUGGCAACUUUAUUAUUGAUGAAAAUAUGUUAAAAGAAGAAGGAAUAAAGAAUUUUGAUGCCUAUGCAAUUAAACCAGGCCAUCCCUUGUUACCAUAUUUCUUCUUAGAUAAAUUGCCAGAUACAAUUACCCAAAAAAUGGAAUUACAUGAUUCUGCUCCACAGCUGAAAGAAGAAAAGCCACAGCCACCAUCAAAACCACGUUUUGGAGCUGUGGAAGAAACAUUUAGAAUUGUUAAGAACUCUCUCAGUGAUGACAUUGUUAAAGCCACUCAAGCAGUCUAUAAGUUUGAACUCUCAGGUGAAGAUGGUGGAACGUGGUUUCUUGAUCUUAAAAACAAGGGUGGGAAUGCUGGAUAUGGAGAUCCAUCUGAUCAGGCAGAUGUGGUGAUGAGUACGUCCGCUGAUGAUUUUGUAAAAAUGUUUUCAGGGAAACUAAAACCAACAAUGGCAUUCAUGUCAGGAAAAUUGAAGAUUAAAGGAAACAUGAUGCUAGCAAUCAAAUUGGAGAAGUUAAUGAAUGAGAUGUAUGCCAAGCUGUGAAGGAAAAGAAAAAAAUAUGUUGAACUCUAAGCUCAAAAAU